AUGGUUCCCCGAAAGCCUGGCGAUACUGUAGAUUUCGCACCAUUUGUUGUGGGCAUAAUCACAGCUUUGAAACAAUAUCAUGUUGAAACGACGCAUCAAUUUUUGGCUUGUCUUGGACAAUAUGUGAGAUCCUCUGUGGAUUCCGCUGCCAGGUAAGAAAAGUGAUGUAAUUGUAACAUGUAAUUGUUUUUUUAGCCAUAAUGCCUACCUUCGCAAGGAAUUCUUGUUUGUUUGUUUGUUUUUUGAAUGGUCUCCAUUGUAUAAUUUUGGAGUCUUUCUUUCCACACUUUCUUUCCACAGUGGAAAAGCUGCCGAGUUUCCCGAUGAAGUAGUAAAUGCUUUGGCUUUCUUUGAAGAUUUCUUACAUUACAGUAAACUAUCGAAAAAGGUGAAGACUUAUGUACAGUAUAUAUGUAUAGAUGUUUGUAUAGCAUUCAUAGAAAGGCCUCUGUAAUGUGAUUGACCCAGUGGAUUUAGUACUGGCAUCCUGUGAAUUGCCGUGAGAAAUGCUCAGCCUUGGUAAUUCAGCGGACGAAGGAGUGUUACCAACACAGUGGUCUGUGUACAUGCCUUUCACGUUCGGGACCACGGGAAUUUCUCCUCAGUUUUAUGUGAGAAGAGUGCUUCCUGAUUUCUUCAAGUACUCCGAUCUUGUAGUAACACAGGAUCAAAAAGGAUGACUCUUGUUGAAUCACUAUAGAGAGAACAGUUUAGAACUGAUAGAGCUAUCCAGCGUAAAUAAAGUUAGUUAAGUUACUUAGUUCAUAAGGCGUUUUCUCACAUCGUAUCCUCUUUCUUGUAGGUGGCUGAGGAACAUGUUCCAAUGUAUCUUCUGGAUCAAUUUAGACAACAAAUGGCGUGA